CCCCCCUCCCUCCCACUCCUCUCCCAAAAGGACCCGAAAAUACUUUGACCCCCUUUGACCCGCGUCUCGCUCUCCGCGUGGACAAAGAGAGAGGACAGAGAAGCCGGCCCAUGGCGACGGCGGAGGCGAGCAGCGCCAGCGGCGCGGGCGCCGCCUACGAGGAGGAGCGCCGGAAGCGGAUCCUCGACAACCUCAAGCACCUCGAGGAUUUGGGCAUAUCGAAGAUGGCCAAGAGCCUGAUCCAGGCCACGAGGCAGCAGGACAAGACUCCUCGGGCGAGCCCAAAGUCCAGGAAGAAGUUCGAGGCUACCACCGAAGUCAGGCGCUCCUCCAGGGCCAGGACCACUGUUUCCUACAAGGAUGAUUUUCCCGAACUUGAUGAUUUUGUGCGCCGCAGAAGGGUAAGUAAAAGUGUGGACAAUGGUAGGGGAUACACCGGGAGAAUUUCUUCUUAUCAACAACAACAGCGUGCUUUUAAAAGAGCUGAGAAACUUCAAGAUAGUCUAGACCCUGACAACCCGUCGUUUGUCAAGACCAUGGUUCGAUCACAUGUAUCCAGCUGCUUUUGGCUUGGUCUCCCUUCUAGUUUCUGCAAAGAUCAUCUGCCUCCCAGAGAACAUAAGAUGGUGUUGGAGGAUGAAGAAGGUGUUGAAUUUGAUGCUGUAUACAUCGGAAAUCGAACAGGUCUGAGUGGUGGAUGGAGAGGCUUCUCGAUGCACCAUGACUUGGAAGAUGGGGACUCAUUGGUCUUUGAAUUGGCUGAGCCUGACAGAUUUAAGAUUUACAUUUCUAAAGCUAUCGAAGAUGGAAAAGAGGCUGAGCCUAAUGAUAAGAAUGCUGAUGUGGACAGUGAUUCAGCCCAGGAAGUUCCUGACCAGACGGAUUCACCUGUUUCUGAACCCCCUUCCAGCCCUGAGCCUCUAAAAGGAGCUAAAAGAAGAAAACUCCGUGGGCGACGGUAGUUUUCUUAUUAGUUCCAUCAGACCCUGAAAUAUAUGUACUUUGGGCAAAUAUGUUCUCGUAUUAGUGGGCUCUCCUGCCAGGUCAUCUGUUUUGCAUCUUUUUGUUGGCCUGUUUCUGAAAAUAUGGGUGCUCAGUGAUCACCCUUCUGCUAUGGUAAACCGAUAUCUCUAGCCAAUUAUCAGCAUAUGUAGGCCUAGAUUACAUGUAAAGAAAUGUUCUGUGCCGUAAUCUAGCAUUCGUAACCCCUAUAUAUUAUGCUAAUACAGUGUCUCAAGCACUGCAAUAUGUUUCUCACCA